AUGGCAGCGCCAUGGAAGAUCAAGGAAACAGACCGUCACACCAAUCUGCCUGCUGUUUUCACCAUCCGCCACACAUACUCAUCUAAGGCUCCUAGCAUUCCUCCACCGCAGCCUGACCUUCCUCCACCUCAGCAUAACCUUCCUGCCACAAAUACAUCUUCAUACACUUGGACUAAUAUGUUCGACAAUGCUUGGAACAGUACGUCAGAUGCUACCAUCGCGAUAUCAAAUCAGCUAUCUGAUUCUGACCUGGUUCAGGUAUAUCCAGAUGUCCCACAUUACUUCAGUGUGGUCUCUAUAUCAUACCUGAUUGCACGUUACAGUCUGCCUAAAUUCCAUUUGAAGCUCGAGAAGAAAUAUGCAGCUGGGACUUACACGGUUUAUGAAGCUUGGUGUUUGCAUCUGAUGGAAAAGGUGGAGGGCUACAUUUUGGCCUACCCGCUAUUUGGCGUAGUCCUUUGGGCAUCUUUAGAUAUGGCUGCUACUAUGAUUCCUGAUUUUGGUGCUGGUGUGCAUUUGUCACAAGUUUCAAAAGGCGUAACAAUUGUCGCAGCUGUGUGGUUCCUUCAAGUUAUGAAAAAGAACUUUCUAUCCAGCGCACUUAUGCAUUUUGAAGGUCUAAAGGUUGACAAGCAUUGGUUGGGGGCUUUUGACAAGGUUUCUUCAUUGGGAUUGAUUGCUAUUGGCCUUCUUGGAGUUGCAGAGGCAUGUGGGGUACCAUUUGAGUCGUUAUUAGCUGUUAGUGGUAUUGGAGGUAUUGCAACUGCCUUUGCUGCUAAAGAUGUCCUGGGCAAUGUAUUGAGUGGAUUCUACUUGCAGCUUUCGAGGCCAUUCUCAGUUGGAGAGUCCAUAAAGUUGCCUUUUCAUGCCGGGUCAAUAGAGGGUUUGGUGAUUGAGAUAGGGCUGACGUCUACAUCAUUGAUAAAUUUGGAGAGGCUUCCUGUUUCAGUACCCAACUCACUAUUAGUUGGUCAGAUUAUUGUGAAUAGAUCCCGUGCUCAAUGGGUAUUAUCUGUUACAAAAAUCCCCAUAAAAGUUCAGAGUAUGGAUAAGGUUCAUGCAAUAUCUGAAGAGAUCAUGGAGAAGUUAAGGGCAUAUCCAGAAGUUAGCUUGAAAGCAGACGCUCCUUAUUGUUAUCUCACGAGAUUGGGCGAUUUGUAUGGUGAGUUCACAAUUGGCUGCUGCCUCCAGAACAUGAGAAAUGAAGAACUGCUAUGUGUUGAGCAAAAGAUUCUCAUUGAUGCAGCUAGGAUUAUCCACUCGCAUGGUGUUGAGUCGGGAAGCCCAGUACCCCCUGCAGAUCUUGAGUUGCUGCUGGAAGCUGCUAGGGUUAUCAAGUCUCGUUGCUAUUAG